CUUUAAUUACACAGUAUCAGAACAAGUGAUUUUGUAAAACAAGUGAACUUGCUAGGAAGGAAGAAAAAAGUGUUCUCUUUCCAACAUUUUGUUUAUCCUUUGGAUUCGUUCUCUUUUCUUUUUUUUAUUUGUUGCUUUAUGUCGAUAAUCAAAGAGGGAAGAAAAAAAAAAGAACAUAGAUCUGAAAUGAGGGUUAUUUAGUUAAGUUGUCAAUCCAAUCAAAUCAGUCAAUCAAAAACUCAACCAAUUAGAACCACAAAGUCGAAGGAAGGAAAUCGUAAAAAAAAGAAAAUAGAGGGCACAAAUUGUUAAAUAUGUCAUCUUCUUCCCAUCCUACUACUUUCUCUCAACUUCCUCCUCCUCCUUCCGACCAGCUUUGCUACGUUCAUUGUAACAUUUGCGACACGGUUUUAGCGGUGAGUGUUCCUUCUACUAGUUUGUUCAAAAGGGUUACUGUUCGUUGUGGCUAUUGUGCCAAUCUUCUGCCAGUAAACAUGUGUGGUGGAAUGCUUCUCCCUUCUCCAAGUCAAUUUCAUGGCUUCACUCACUCAACCACUUUUCUCUCUCCCAAUACUCACAAUUUCUUGGAAGAGAUCUCAAAUCCAAAUCCAAAUUUUUUGAUGAACCAAACAGAAGGAAUUGAUUUAACCAUGGCCACUCGUGUACCUAAUGAUGUUCCAAGACAACCUCCAACCAUAAAUAGACCUCCAGAAAAGAGACAAAGGGUACCCUCUGCUUACAACCGAUUCAUCAAAGACGAGAUCCAACGCAUCAAGGCUGCCAAUCCAGACAUCUCUCAUAGAGAAGCCUUCAGUGCUGCUGCUAAGAACUGGGCUCAUUUCCCUCACAUUCGAUUUGGUUCUUCCUCCUGAAAUAUCAAACUGUGCCAAAGAGAGAGACAAACAAUGGCUUGAGCAGGAAGGAGAAAGAUGUAUGAUCGAUUUUUCAGUUGAACUAACAUGGAAGUUUCCCUUUUUAUAUAUGAAAAUUGAAUCUUUGUGUUUCUGGGGGCAACAAGGGGGAGAGAAAUUUUGAGGUUUCCAAAUGGCAAUCUUUCACAAUUCUCUCUUUUAAUCUGAAGUAAUUUCUAUGCUCUUUUGUACUAUCAAUUAUUGUAUUUAAGUCUUACACUCUAUCAAGUUUUUUUUUUAUUAAGAAAUUUACAACAUUUGUUUGUUUCUCAUGUUGUUCGACUCUUUACUUUAUAUAAUAUAUAUAUUUGUUAGUAUUCAAA